AAACUUACCGGUCCAGGCUGCGGGCCGACUUCCACACUGCUGGCAGCGCGUGUGGAACACUUUGUACGCACCGUCCCGUCCGAUAACCUUGAAAUCAUCCAAUUAAACUCAUUUUUUUGAUGUCAUUUUCUCAUCCUUCACUCCGGAUUCGUCCAGACUUUGACAGAAGUGUUUACACCGGGGAAAUUUGGUGCUCAGUGGCUGUUUUUGUCCUUUCUCAUCUGCAUCCUCUGCCUCCUCGCGCGGCGUGUGUUUCACGUGGAGACCGGGGUUUCAUUACUUCUCUGAAUCAUCCAUCAGUUUUCCUGUUAGCAUUAGCUGUUUGAGCAAACAUGUCAAAGAUGGCAACGUUGAUUCUGGAGGACGGGACGACGUUUAAGGGCCUUCUUUUUGGAGCAAAUGUGUCAGUUUCGGGGGAAGUUGGUAAGCUUUUCAAGUACAAGCUGAUUCUUUAUAACUUUAUUAAUGAGCUAGCCAGAACACAAUCAACCUGCAGAGGAAGACAACUCUAGAUAAACUAUUUGCUUUUAAACAUUUUGUUGUUUAGGACUGAUAGGCCCAAUUUGCUUAAAUUGUUACAGAUCAGAGUCUUUACUGAAGAGCGCCAUAUCCCUCUGUACAUCCCCUCUCUUCUUUGGGAGAUCUUGCCAAACUCCACCUACAAAUCAGUCAAUUAAAAGCAUGUUUAGCAGUUCUUGUCAUCAGGCAUGCUCGCCUGUUUAUGAAGCAUUUCUCGCCCCUUGAUGCUUUUAGAUAAAUCCCUGAUUAGUUUUUACUAUCAGCAUCUUUAUAGCUCCAUUUGCUGCCUCUCCACUUCCAGGCAUGUCCUGGUAGAUGGAAUCUGUAGGUACUCGUGACCUACUUUUUCAAAGUUCAGAUAUGCAGUUUAAAGUGCAGCCCAGUACGAAGAAUGAAGGCCGAAUCAAUGUUUUGCCAAUGCAAAAGUCAUGUAAGUCCAUACUUGUCCUUAAGUGACUGGCAACUUGGCUGGCGGGGUACGGCAACAUGAAAGUGAUGAAAUCUUGGCUGUAGUUUGGCGGGACAAAUAACAGAAUGGAGUGUAGCUUUGCUUGUUGUUUUAAAGAGUCACUCACAUCCUUAUGAUAUGAUCCAAGGGCUAUUAUAUUACAGACUUAAAAGCUGAUUGACUUUAAUAGAUUAUGAUGUGUUUUUUUUAUGAUUAUAUAUAUAUAUUGUAUAGAAUACAUAUUUUUUUGUAUAAUUUGGCUGCAUUUUUGUAAGAUCAGAAAAACCAUUAUACCCAAUUAUUAAAGCAUUCCCAAUGAUCAACCUGGAAAAAAAGGAUUUGAACACGGACCAGUCCAGCUGCUUAAAAGUAUGUUCAAUUGUACACUAAGUACCCAGUUGGGGCUCUUUUAACCCCGCAUAGAGGUGAUAAGUCUGUACCACAUCCAAGCUGUCAAUGAUAUCCAGGCUGCGUUGAGUGGAGUGCUUCCUUGGCCGAGUGUCUUUCUGUAGGGUUCAGGUCAGGUGACAGAGCUAGACAAGUCAAGCUCUGUUUGUCCUGCUGGAAAGGGAAUGAACUUUUUCAUACAGCUCGUCAGUGCUAUAAAAUCUCCUAGAAUCAUUGGUUGUGAUUUUUCCUCGCUUUUUGCCAAAUAUAUCAAAACUAAUAGCCUCAUUUAAUACUUGAAACACCCCAUUGUGCAUGUAGUGAGUCUUGGAUAUGCUAAAUUUUCACUUUCUGAAUCAGCUGAUAAAAAAUAACCAACUUUAUUUUUAAACAACAUCCAGUAUUUGAGCUGCAUCUGUGUAUGCAUGUCUUAGGAAAAAAGGAAACUUACCAAAUAAUUUUCAAAGUUGUGUCGAGAAAAUAAUUUUGGAUUUCGCACUGUCUCAAUUUUCAUGUCAUAAUUUAUAGUGACAAUUUUGUUGAUUAAUUUUGCUCAUGCGUUGAUGAAUACUUUGUGCGUGCCCAGUGUUUCAGACAGGCAUGGUUGGCUACCCCGAGGCUCUGACCGAUCCAUCCUACCGCUGCCAGCUGCUGACGCUCACCUACCCUCUGGUGGGAAACUAUGGUGUCCCGAAGGACGAAGAGGGAGAGUUUGGACUGAGCAAGGUGGGUCUUUUUAAAAUAUUUACGACAACGAUAAGUAACUACAUAGACUGCAUGUGGGUGUGUUCUCAUGUAGUUUUGCUUUCUCACUCAGUGGUUUGAGUCAUCAAAGAUUCAUGCAGCUGCUCUGAUCAUUGGAGAGCUGUCGGAGAAUCCCAGUCACUGGAGUUCAGCCAAGUCCUUGGAUCAGUGGCUCAAAGAGCAGGGAGUUCCUGGAUUACAAGGUCAGCAAGUCUUGACACUAAUGCUGAAGUGUGAAAGAAACUCAAGUAUUUUGAAUGUAUAAUUCAUUCCAGUUGAAUAAAAAAAGCGUUAAUGAAAGAUUUUGAAGAAACAUAAAGAUGCAGAAGGCUCCUUAAUGAAGUCUGUUGUUGUUUUCCAGGCAUUGACACUCGCCGUCUGACCAAAAAGAUCCGAGAGAAGGGCACCAUGUUGGGGAAGCUGGUUGUGGAUGGCACCCCUGAGGACAGCAUCCCCUUUGAUAACCCAGACAAGAGGAACCUGGUCCAGGAGGUCUCUAUGAAGGUAAUCCCCCCUUAGAUCUAUUCCCACUGAAUAGCCAGAACAGUUGACAAGAUUUCAGUGAUACCAGUGCCUGUGGAUUGUCUAAGUUUUUACCUCCACUGCUCUGCUGGGAUGAGGGACUCUGACAGCUGAUUGCAGAUGUCGUCAACGGACCAAAACAAAGAUGGCAGCCUCUACCUUUCCAUAAAGCUAACACAUAAAUCCUCACAGAUUACAUAAGUUUUAGAGGGCUGGCUCCCAGACAGUCUCUGAAAAAACUCCUUUCUGCUCUUUGGGGUCGAGAAAGUCCUUUACAGAAAUCCUGGUAAUUUCUUCUUUUGCCUCCAGGAACCGCAAGUUUUCAACCCCAGCGGCAGUUUGCGGAUCACAGUGGUGGACUGUGGCAUCAAAUACAACCAGAUCCGCUGCCUGGCUCAGAGAGGGGCCUGUGUUACUGUCGUACCCUGGGACCAUCUGCUGGACAGCAAAGGUCUAUAUCACACACUGACACUCCUCUUCAUUUUUCACUUACAAGAUACCAAACCUUAGGUACAUAACUUUUUUAGGGGGCUUUUUGCCUUUAUGAAGAGAAAAUAGGACAGAGUAGGAAACAGAGAGUCGGGAUUGACCCACAACAGAGGAAACAUGCUGAUCAUAUUUCAUCUAAGCUAUGUUUAACUUUGUUGUCUUUCUGGCCUCUUGUAGAUUUUGACGGUUUGUUCAUCAGUAACGGACCUGGAGAUCCUCAGUUCUGUCAGACCACCAUCAACAACGUGAGGAGGGUGGUCUGCGUGGAGAGUCCCAAGCCGGUUUUCGGGAUUUGCCUCGGACAUCAGCUUCUGUCUUUAGUCAUCGGAUCCAAGACCUACAAGAUGAAGUGAGCACGCGUACACUGUGCUGUGAUCAUUCCAGUCUAAGCUGGGAAACAGAUUUAUCGUGAUUUAUUAGAAGAACAUUUCCUGUGAUGGAAGUUAGGAUGAUAUAUUGAUCAGUUAAUUGGCUAUAAACAUAUAAUUUAACACGUGACCAGCAGGACAAGACAAAAAUGUGCCCUCAGUGACCUGCAGCCAGGGAAUCUCCUCAACCCUUUACACUCUCUGGAAACACAGACCUUGGAGCUCACACGCUGUCUAUGGCAGGGCUGUGGUGUGAACUGCAGGUUUUUGCUGUUCUCAGCAGUCUGGCCUCUCCUGUAUGAGCGCUGUGACACCGGCCGCGCUGCUCUUGUUAUGAAAAAGAUUAAACAAACAAGAGACGAGGCGGUCGGAUUCUCUCCGCGUUGAAUUUAGAAAGGUCAGGGAGGUUUUCUUUCCCCUGAGACUCCACUGAUGGGAGUUUUAUCAAGGUCACUGUGGGCUGUGAAUGCUUCCUCUGCAAGAAUACAGCUGGUAACUGGACUGACAAAUCCAGAGCGCAGUUUAAUGGCCUUCGUUUUUAACUGUUUUCCUGUAGCAGAAGAAAGUAAAGUUUAUCAAAAUGAUGCAAAACUGUUCCUCUCAAGCUGGUUUUGAAGGUCUAAUCUGUCGGACAACCUCAAAAAUCUUUGAGUCGGACUCUUUGAAUCUGUUCAGGUUAGAGAAUAAGAAGUUAAUUUUUUAUCUGAGCUGCAGUAAACAGUCUAACUCCUCCUUUCAGAUAUGGUAACCGCGGCCACAACCAGCCGUGCGUCCACAACGGCACAGAUCGCUGCUUCAUCACCAGUCAGAACCACGGGUUUGCUGUCGACCCCGACACUCUGCCCACAGACUGGGACGUCCUCUUCACCAACGCCAACGAUCACACUAAUGAGGGCAUCGUGCACAACACCAAACCUCUGUUCAGGUAAAGAGUGACCUGCUCUAUGAAGGAGAAAAACCAGAAUCCAGAGCAUCCUCCUUACAGGAGCAUGAUGCUUCUUUUUUCAGUGUCCAGUUCCACCCUGAGCACAUGGCCGGGCCCACUGAUCUGGUCAGCCUGUUUGACGUCUUCCUCGACACUGUGAGAGAGCACAAGGAGGGCAAAGCCUCCAAAACUGGUGAGAAAGGAAACUAUUUCAGUGUUUCAGAAGUACGCAUGAUCAUAAAUCUAUAAACACAGGAAACAAAAAAAGAGUUCAUGUGAUCGUUUUAGUCAAACAGCGUCUGAUGGAGCACCUCACAUUCCCGGACUCCCCAAAGCCUGAAGAGAUGGUCAGACCCAGGAAGGUGCUCAUCCUGGGCUCUGGAGGACUGUCCAUCGGGCAGGCGGGUGAAUUCGACUACUCUGGAUCUCAGGUGUGUCUGCAGUAGUUGAUAAAGUUGAGAUGCUUUUGGAUUAGAUUAGAUUAGAUCAGAUUAGAUACAGAUUUAUUGAUCCUUUUGGGAAGGCUAUGUCAAGGAAAUCAAAGUUUUGAUGUCAUACAUAGAAAUAUGUUGUAAAGUUUUGUCAAAGUUCACUUAUAUCUUGCAUAUAAAAAAAAACUUAUAUUGACCAAAAUGCUUCAUGAGGCAAAAGUAAAACAAAAAAAAACAACAAUGAAUAAAUCAACAUAUUUUCAGAUGUUUAAAUUUGUCAUGUUUACGUCUUAUAUUCUUCUCUUCUGUCUUCAGGCUAUCAAGGCUCUAAAGGAAGAGAACAUCCAGACUGUGCUGAUCAAUCCAAACAUCGCGACAGUCCAGACCUCCAAAGGUCUGGCUGACAAAGUCUACUUCCUGCCAAUCACAGCGGAGUACGUCACUCAGGUACUGAUGAGCUUGUUUGGCUGAGGUAGCCGAGCAGGUAUGAAACAUGCAUGGAAAUAUGGGGGUUUAGAUAUCUGUGACAGGCUCUUGCAGAGCUCAGAGAUGUUUUCUGCUGUUGUUUCUCCAUGUUUUAUGGUUUCUUUAUGUCCGUCUGCUUUUCUUCUCUCUCAGGUGAUUAAGAAUGAGCGUCCGGACGGUGUGCUGUUAACGUUUGGUGGUCAGACUGCUCUGAACUGUGGCGUGGAGCUGACCAAACUGGGCGUCCUGGAAAAGUACAAAGUUAAAGUUCUAGGGACACCGGUGGCCUCGAUCGAGAUGACCGAGGACAGGAAGAUCUUUGUGGAGAAAAUGGAGGAGAUCAACGAGCAUGUCGCUCCGAGUGAAGCGGCGCUGUCUGUAGAGCAGGUGAGAAGGUGUGCACGCGUUAAUGUAAGUCUACCACAUUCUUCUCUGUAAACACUGUGUUAUCUUCUGACCUCAACAGGCUGCAGCGGCUGCAGAACGUCUCGGCUAUCCUGUUCUGGUCCGGUCUGCGUUCGCUCUCGGUGGUCUCGGCUCAGGCUUCGCCAACAACAGAGAGGAGCUGACGUCUCUGGUGACCUCAGCGUUCGCCCACACCUCCCAAGUGCUGGUGGACAAAUCUCUGAAAGGCUGGAAGGAGAUCGAGUACGAGGUGGUCCGGGACGCCUACGACAACUGUGUCACUGUGAGUGAAAAUAGACGAACGAUGAGGUUUUGAUGACACGUUUUUACUGUCAGUGUUCGAAAGGAAGGUCAUGAAAAGUUAGAACAGCACUCAUGAGAGUCCCUCUAUUUCUCUUUAGGUGUGUAACAUGGAGAAUAUUGACCCUCUGGGCAUCCAUACGGGAGAGUCUAUUGUGGUGGCGCCCAGCCAAACGCUUAACGACUAUGAGUACAACAUGCUGAGAAACACCGCCAUCAAAGUCAUCAGACACCUCGGCAUUGUGGGAGAGUGCAACAUCCAGUACGCUCUGAACCCAGAGUCUGAACAGGUAGACAUGCUGAAAAAGAAGCGCUUGAUUUGUGGUAACACACAGACUUUCUAAUAACUUGUUUGUGUAAUGAUGCUUCUGCAGUACUACAUCAUCGAGGUGAACGCUCGUCUGUCCAGGAGUUCAGCUCUGGCCAGUAAGGCCACAGGUUACCCGCUUGCAUAUGUAGCAGCUAAACUGGGCCUGGGGAUCCCGCUGCCACAACUCAAGUACGUCUUUGUCGAAAUGAACCUGAAUAAGGAGAAGAAAGAGCCCCCUCUCGACACUUGACCUCUUUCCAUCUUCAUAUUUUUUGAUCCUGUUGUAGAAAAUAAUCUCACUUUGUAUUCUCUGCAGGAACUCUGUUACCAACUCGACCACAGCGAACUUUGAGCCCAGUCUGGACUACUGUGUGGUGAAGGUUCCUCGCUGGGAUCUCAGCAAGUUCCUCAGAGUGUCCACUAAGAUCGGCAGCUCCAUGAAGAGUGUCGGUAAGAGGCAGGGAUCAGGAGGAGGUUGUUGAAGGAAAUUUGAUAUUAUAUUCCACUUGUUCCAGUUACCUCGGAAGUUGGAUAUCGGAGCUGGGAAUGACGUUAUACAUGAGUUGACGGCGUUCCAGUCAACAUGUCGGAAAACCAAGAUGGGUGCCUACUGUUAGCCGUUGUUAGCUGUUGUUUACAAUUGUCAGCUGUCGUUGAACGCUGUCAUUUGUUGUUGGCAGUUAUCAGCUGUUGUUAGAUGUUGUUAGCUAUACCAGUUGUAAACAACAUAACACAGUAUUUUACUCUACAAACACCACAGCUCCGUGUUGUUGGGCAGUACAACAUAUCACUUAUUUAAUUUCACAAAAAUGAAACAGAAGUGCUAAUAAAUAUUACAUUACAAGAGCUUUCACUGUUACUCUUUACCGUUGUUGCACUGUGCUGCCAUCUUGGAUUAUGAUGUUGUCGUCAAGUAGUGGUUGUUGAGGAUCAUCCAACUUUCCCAGCCAGAAAUCCAACUUCAGGGGGGCGUUCCAGAUGAAUUUCUGACUCUGAGCUCGGAAUUUCCGACUUCUGAGUACAACUGGAACGAAGCAUAAAUUUUGGUGUGUUGUCUGUAAGCAGAUGCUCAAUGGCGUUUCUCUUCCAGGUGAGGUGAUGGCGAUCGGCCGUAGCUUUGAGGAGGCCUUCCAGAAAGCUCUGAGGAUGGUAGAUGAGAACUGUGUUGGUUUCGAUCACACCAUCAAGCCUGUAUCUGAAAAGGUAAGCUAAAAAAAAUAGGUUGUAUUUUUGUAUCCUCUCUAUUUUUCUGCAGCUAACUCCAAUUUGCUUUCUGCUCUCGCCCGCCAGGAGCUGCAGACUCCCACUGACAAGCGGAUCUUCGUUCUGGCGGCGGCGUUCAAAGCCGGCUACACGGUGGAUCAGCUGUACGAGCUCACGAAGAUCGACCGCUGGUUCCUGCACAAGAUGAAGAACAUCGCCGACCACGAGCGGCUCAUGGAGAAGUACAACCAGGUGAGACAGAGAGAGGAGACAGUGAGGGACAAAUAAGCAGCUGUCUUUUCUCAGUUCAUUUAUUGAUCUUCUCUCCACCAGGAUGAGAGCGCCAUGCCUCCAGAGGUGCUGAGAAAGGCGAAGCAGCUUGGCUUCUCGGAUAAACAGAUCGCACUCGCCGUUCAGAGGUGAGAGAGAAAGACGAUCUGAACCAAAGGACAAAGUUGUUGCAGCACCUCCAUGCAGGUGUAUGGAGGGAUAAUGUCAUGUGUCUUCUAUGUGAUCUGCUGUCACAUAAACCUCAGAAUAAGAUCUGCAUUUCCGUUCAUCAUCUGUUUAUUUGUCUUUAAAUAAAGAGUGAUUUUUGACUGUUUUUGUUUUCCCAAUUUCUCACAGCACCGAGCUUGUGGUAAGAAAGCUGCGCCACGAUUGGUCCAUCCUCCCCGUGGUCAAACAGAUCGACACAGUGGCAGCUGAGUGGCCAGCCUUUACAAACUACCUGUACAUGACCUACCAUGGCACAGAGGAUGACCUGGACUUCAACGAGCAGCACGUCAUGGUCAUUGGCUCAGGCGUGUACCGCAUCGGCAGCAGCGUGGAGUUUGAUUGGUGCGCCGUCGGCUGCAUCACAGAGCUCAGGAAGGUGCGUGGAUGAUUAGUAUAAAUAAAAGGAUUUCUCAGAGUCUGUGAACUAAAUAGUAAAAUGGAAGUAACCCACAGCUGUCUGGUCAGUUUUUAAAACCCCAGCAGUAGAUGGUUACUUGAUCAAUGUGUCUUAUAGGGGUUGGAAUCACUAGUGGCCCCACAAUACAAUGUUAUCAGGAUACUUGGGCUGCAAUACGAUAUUAUCACGAAACGAUAUUAUCAUGAUACGAUAUUAUCACGAUGCGAUAUUAUCGCGAUAUGAUAUUAUCACGGAGCGAUAUUAUCACGAUACGGUAUUAUCAAAAUACGAUAUUAUCACGAUACGAUAUUAUCACGAUACGGUAUUGUCAAAAUACGAUAUUAUCACGAUACGAUAUUAUCACGAUACGGUAUUAUCACGAUACGGUAUUAUCAAAAUACGAUAUUAUCACGAUACCAUAUUAUCACGGAGCAAUAUUAUCACGAUACGAUAUUAUCACAGAGCGAUAUUAUCACGAUACAAUAUUAUCAGGAUAUGAUAUCACAAUAUGAUAUUAACACGAAACGAUAUUAUCACGAUAUAUUAACACCAUACUUGGGCCACAAUUCGAUAUUGUUGCGAUUUUUAACAUUUUGCAAUACAGUGAGUAUUGCAAUACAAUAUAUUGCGAUUUAUACAAUUUUUUUCAACUGUUUAGCUUAUUUAGCAUAUGGCUUUCCUUUAUGUUUGUCUUAUUUACACAGUAUUUUAUUUUCAUGUAGCACAUCUUACUAACCUUAUAUAUAUUUGUUGUACUAACUUUCUCCUGCUCUAUGAUGUCACCUCUGCCAACCUCACUGGACAAACAGUUGAUUUUAUUUUUCCAUUAUCAGAGAUUUGACUUCAUAUUAGCAAUUAAUUUGAAAAAUUGAUACUUGGUAAAUGAGACGAUACGAUAUAUCACCAGACAAAAUAUCGUGAUACUACGCAGUAUCGAUUUUUUUCUCCCACCCCUAGUGUCUUAUGUAAAAAGUUAACCAAAUAAUAAUUUAAAAAAAAAUGUAUUCACAUUAAUUCCAGAUGGGUUACAAGACCAUCAUGGUGAACUACAACCCGGAGACGGUCAGUACGGACUACGACAUGUGUGACCGCCUCUACUUUGAUGAGAUCUCCUUUGAGGUAAGAGUUUAACUUCAUUUCUCACAAAGAAAACUCAUCUUUAACCUCUGCAGCUGAUUUUCCUCAGCUUCUCUAACCUUUUUCAGGAUAUUUUAAAGAUACACUCUCUUAGGCUUGUCAGCAAAUGAAAUUAAAAGUACUUUUUGAAAGGGUUUAAUGAUUUUGAUUCUUUUAAAAUGUGUUUUGUUUAGUGUUAGGGGCGUACAAUAUUAUCAGAAUCGUCCCCGUACACAGAGCCUUCCCCGUCUCUGCUGUUUGCACAUAUUUCAAGUCUGGAGUCAUUGAUUAUUUCACUGAUCAGACUUCUGAGGUUGUAAAGUGCCCUGUCUGCGUCGCAGGUGGUGAUGGAUAUCUAUGAGAGGGAGAACCCGGAUGGCGUCAUCCUCUCGAUGGGAGGUCAGCUGCCCAACAACAUCGCCAUGUCGCUUCACCGUCAGCAGUGCCGCAUCCUGGGAACCUCCCCCGAGUUCAUCGACUCCGCAGAGAACAGGUUCAAGUUCUCCCGAAUGCUGGACACCAUCGGGAUCAGCCAGCCGCAGUGGAAGGAGCUCUCUGACACCGAGGUGCGACAGGCGGGACUCAGACCCGAUUAUUUUCAAUUCUGAUGCUGAAAACAUCCAAAGAUUUGAGCGUUUCUGUCUGUUUCCUCCCCCUCCAGUCUGCUGUGAAGUUUUGUGAGACGGUGGGUUACCCCUGCCUGGUUCGACCCUCUUACGUCCUCAGCGGAGCGGCCAUGAACGUCGCCUACGGUGACAGCGACCUGGAGAAAUACCUAAGCAGCGCUGUAGCCGUCUCUAAAGAGCAUCCUGUCGUCAUCUCCAAAUUCAUACAGGAGGCCAAGGUUGGAAACCGAGACUGAGACUCACAAAACAACUCAUGGAGUUAUCUCCUGAUCUUCAUCGCAGUCGUCUCUGUGUCUCUUCUUAGGAGAUCGAUGUGGACGCUGUGGCCUGUGACGGAGUGGUCCUCGCCAUCGCGGUAUCUGAACACGUGGAGAACGCUGGAGUUCACUCUGGUGAUGCCACGCUGGUGACGCCGCCGCAGGAUCUCAACCAGAAGACGAUCGAGAGGAUUAAGAUGAUCGUGCAUGCCAUCGGACAGGAGCUGCAAGUCACCGGACCUUUUAACCUUCAGCUGAUAGCCAAGGUGAGAAUAGAGACUGGAAAUUUGAUCAGACAGAGAUGUGUUCGUGUAUAAACAUGCAUCCAAACAUGACUUGACAAAGCAGAAGCUGGUAUGUCUCACUGUGGAUGAACUUCUUCUCUUAAGGACGACCAACUGAAGGUGAUCGAGUGCAACGUCCGAGUCUCCCGCUCCUUCCCCUUCGUGUCUAAGACCCUGGGUGUGGAUCUUGUCGCUCUGGCUACCCAGGCUAUUGUCGGGGAGGAGGUGGAGCCUGUGGGCCUCAUGAGGGGGAAAGGGGUCGUAGGAGUCAAGGUAAAAACAAUCCUCUAUUUGGAUGUUUCUAACUUUGCUUCGAGUGUCUCACCCUCUAAAUAUUUGUCCCACGUCCUCCAGGUUCCUCAGUUCUCCUUCUCUCGUCUGGCCGGAGCUGAUGUGGUUCUCGGGGUGGAGAUGACCAGCACGGGGGAGGUGGCGUGUUUUGGGGAGAACAGAUAUGAGGCGUACCUGAAAGCGAUGCUCUCGACAGGCUUCAAGAUCCCCAAAAAGAACAUCCUGCUCUCCAUCGGCAGCUACAAGGUACUGGAGGAGGACUUUUUGAUUCAACAUUUAACUGAAAAACGAAGGCUGAGGGUUAAAAAAACAAACAUCUGUGUUGCUUUCUGCAUAUUUAAGUUGCAUUUGUCACUGGAAAAAAAGAUGAUUUAUCCCAUUAUUUACCUGUUUAAUACAAAAAGAAAGAUUGCAUCCUUGUAGACCUGAAAAAGUGAGAAUUGAGGUAAAAUAAUUGUGUGUUUUUUCAGAAUAAGAGUGAGCUGCUGCCCACCGUGCAGGCUCUGGAGUCUCUGGGUUACGAUCUCUACGCCAGUCUGGGUACUGCCGACUUCUACACUGAACAUGGAGUCAAGGUAACAGCGAAGAUGAUGCUCACAUGCAGAUUUAUUUGAAACAACCCCGAUCAAAGUCAGUUUUAAAUGUUGAGACUGAAAGUGUGAUUGUUUUAUGAAAAAUAUGAGCUCUUUGAAUUUGUGUCGUGAUGCUCCAAAUCUUUUAAAUGGAUGACAAAGAGGACCAUAGGCAGGACUCACCGAGACAAAACCUCUUUUGUCCAAAUCUGUCCUCUGUCAGGUGACGGCGGUGGAUUGGCCGUUCGAGGAGGAGGAGGACAGCGAGUGUCCCACGAAAGAGAAGCAGCGCAGCAUCAUGAACUAUCUGGAGGAGAACCACUUCGAUCUGGUCAUAAACCUCUCAAUGAGGAACAGCGGCGGCCGCAGACUCUCCUCCUUCGUCACGAAAGGUUACCGCACCAGACGAAUGGCGGUCGACUACUCGGUGCCGCUCAUCAUCGACAUCAAGUGCACCAAGCUCUUUGUGCAGGUCGGAUAUAGAGUUUGAUUUAAUCCACUCCUAUUUUUAGUUUUAUAUUCUCUCAAAGUCGGACUUGAACUGAUAUGAGUGAACGUGUUUUCAGGCUCUACGUCAGAUCGGCAGGAAACCACCGGUGAAAACUCACAUCGACAGCAUGGCCUCUCAGACACUCGUGCGUCUGCCUGGUGAGUCACUGACUGAUCCGAGGGUUUACUCUGACUUCUUGUGACUCGAUCGAAUAAAGAAUUAGCAUUAAAAAUAAGCAAUGGAGCAAGAUAGAUGAUAAAAAAUGAGGAUAAUCUGCAGUUAAAGAUAAAUUAAAGGCAAGAAGAGUGUGGGAUUUUUGACACUGAUGAUGCAGGUUUCAAACUAGCAGAUUCAUCGAUAGAGUUUCAUCCUAAAUCUUGUAAAUCUUUCUUUUGUUGUUGAUGUUCAGGUCUGAUUGAUGUGCACGUUCACCUGCGGGAGCCAGGAGCCACCCAUAAGGAGGAUUUCUCCUCGGGUACCGCAGCAGCUCUGGCAGGAGGAGUCACCAUGGUGUGCGCGAUGCCAAACACUUCCCCCGCCAUCACUGACUCCAACACGCUGGCGAUGGUUCAGAAGGUACGUCUGUUUGUUUUUUGUCAUGUUUCCUUUAAAUCGAGGUUAAUGAAAUGCUGGUCAAAUGUGUUUCUUAGUCUGACUGAUUAAAAAGAAAUAAAUCCAGUUUUCUGUCGAAUCCUCAGCUGGCUAAAGCAGGCUGCAGGUGCGACUAUGCCCUGUAUCUGGGGGCAGCCUCAGACAACGCCGCCAUCCUGCCGACCAUCGCUAACCAGGCCGCCGGGCUGAAGAUGUACCUGAAUGAUACGUACUCCACCCUGAAGAUGGACAACGUUUCUCUCUGGAUGGAGGUAACUCUGAGCCACGCCAUCAAACCACUCUUAAACAUGUUUAAAAAAAAAGUUUAUUGUUGGUGAGGAAACUCUGGCGAGGCCUAAAAUAGGGAAGAAAUGUGACUAAACUCUGAGCUAAAUUUGUCUAAAGGCAUAAAGGUUUUCUGUUACAAGAUUAGCAUUCACUUUGAGAACUGAAGUAGAGACCUUUUUUACUCCCUAGAUUGUUUCUGUUAUUUAAAGAUUAAUGUGUUUCCCAAGAUGCACAUGAUACUGACUUGCUCUCUUUCUCUUUGAAGCACUUUGAGAAGUGGCCCAAGCAGAUGCCGAUCGUCGCUCAUGCCGAGAAACAGACAGUUGCUGCGAUUCUGAUGGUGGCUCAGCUCUACCAGCGGCCCGUUCACAUCUGUCAUGUGGCCAAAAAGGAGGAGGUAAGACAUCAUCGUUCCUCGUUUACACGUUUUCACAUCAGGAAUCCUCAAAUUAAGACCAAGGACUUAAGUCGUACUUGGGCUCAUAUGAAGCUGACUCAUAUAAGAGUUUUUUAUAGACUUUUAUAGACGUACGGUUGCCAUCUUGGUGUUUCCUUAACUAAAACUGUCAAACUCUUCCUCUUCUUCAGAUCCUGAUCAUUCGGGCAGCCAAGCAGAAGGGCAUCCAGGUGACCUGUGAGGUGGCGCCUCAUCACCUCUUCCUCUGUGAGGACAACGUGCCGGAUAUCGGAGAUGGACGAGCGCAGGUCCGACCCAUGCUGGGGACGCGGGAGGACAUGGAGUCUCUGUGGGAAAACCUGGACAUCAUCGACUGCUUUGCCACAGAUCAUGGUCAGGAAUUCAGCUUUUUUUUAUCACUCUUUUAGGGGCGGAAAUUUACAUCCUGUCUCUUAACAGAAACUGGUCUGAGAGUCGAUCUGUAGACUAAAUCCUGAAGUUUUUUGAUGUUUGUGUCCUCAGCGCCUCACUCUGUCGAAGAGAAGAACGGGGAGCGUCCUCCGCCAGGUUACCCCGGUCUGGAGACCAUGCUACCGCUGCUGCUGACAGCUGUCAGCGAUGGACGCCUCACUCUGGAGGACAUCAUCAGACGUCUCUAUGACAACCCACGCCGGAUCUUCAACCUGCCAAUCCAAGAGAACACCUACGUGGAGGUACUCACUCGAAGCCAGAGUGAUAGAAACCAGACUUUAUUAGUGAGCUGACUGUUACACUUUCAUCUUUCAGGUGGAUUUGGAGCAGGAGUGGGUGAUCCCUCAGGCCAUGCAGUUCACUAAGUCCAAGUGGACUCCUUUCCAGGGUCUGAGGGUGAAGGGUAAAGUCCGUCGUGUGGUUCUCAGAGGAGAGGUGGCCUAUAUUGAUGGGCAGGUGAGCAAUCGAACAAAGACAUGAAUUAUUUGCUUCAGUCACAGCGAAGUCAAAGGCACCAGAAAACAGUGAGAGGUUUAGGUUUAGCAGAAAACAGUCCUGUUGUAGCUGCUCAUUCUCACCACUUGGAAGAUAACUCCUUAGUAAACAAAGGCCAGGAUCAGCUGUGAUUAGGUCCUUUACUGUUGUGGAAAUCUGGGGCUUUUCUCGUAAAGUCCCAGAUUUCCGCAGACCCCUCUCAAAACUUCAAAUAACGUAACAGCCACUAAUCUAACAAUGGCAAAUGUAUGCUAAUAUAGAAAGCUAAGGGGGUGCAGUCAGCUAUCCUUAGAGGUUUUCUGUAAAGGAAGAACUUUUAGGUUGUUCCAAGACUACAAAGCUGUGUAAAAAAGUACCUCUUACAAGCUCUGUCUAUUUCUUUCUUUAUUUUUCAAAGAUGUGCGUGCAACACAAGAAAGUAAACUGAAAACAAACAAAACCAAUGAGAGUAUUCAAAACAACAAUUACAAUAAUCAAAGCAAAAAAAAUUAAAAUAUAAAAUAAUAAUAAUAAUGAUAAUAAUAUGAACCCAACAUGUCUGAAAAGGAGUAGGAUGAAGCAUUUUCUGCUACUUAAUAAACAGUCCGUCUCCAACAUAUUUACAUUAUAUUAACAAAAAAUAGAACAUAAAUAAAGUACAUAAAUCAUUUAUGAAAACGCCAGAUGGUUAAAGCCCUUCUUCCUCCCUGUACCUGGUGAGAACCAUGUUUUUGUACUGCUUUUUAAACUACUAACAAUGAAGUGUUUCUGGUAGUAGACAUAUAGAGCUGAAAUAAGAGUUUUCGGUAUGAGAGCAAUAAAGAAGACACCGCACAAGUGAACACAAACACAGUACAUUAGUGUGUGUGUGUUUUUUUUUUUGUUUUUUUUUAAAUUUAUUUUAUAUGUGAUAAGAUGUUUUAGUUGAAAUAAUCUGUUCUUUCUGUUUCUCUCUCAGGUUUUGGUUCCUCCGGGUUACGGUGAAGAUGUGAAGAGCUGGCCCUCUGCUUCCAUCCAUCCUACUGAAGCGGUGAAAGAAAGUCCAAUGGUAUUCAAAAUAGAUCACUAAUUUUAAAAAGAAGAUAACUGUAACACAAUACAUCACAUUUGAAUGUUAAAAUAGAUCUAUAACUGUCUAAAUCACAUAUAAUGACGUAAUUAUCACUUGUAUAACAUGUAUACAAUAGAAGAUGAUGACGAAAAACGCCUCUUUGCCGUGGUCUGGUGUUAAUAUUACUCUUACGUUAACUUUGUACUUUGUUUUUAUCUUCAGACUCCAGAACACCCACGUCCCACUCCUCCUAGAGAGGGCCUCGUCCGAACACGAGCACCCAGCCCUCGCCGAUCAGCGGAGAGCAGAUACCUGCUGCCACCCCGCAUCCACCGCUCCUCUGAUCCAGGUCUGCCACCAGGUACUACAACUCCCAUGAUGCUUCCUCACUUUAGUACAGAAAUGUCUUAAAAGUUGUCCUAAUUUAAGAGUGUGGAAGGAACUUUUUGAGGCCUUUAGCACAGUGUAGUUUAUUUAUUAUCGCCGCUUUAACACAAACGUAAUAAAGAAAAUAUAAAAACGUGUUCUGCCUUUGCUUAAACUAAAACUUUUCCUGUUUUUUUGUGUUGCUUCUCCAGAGAUGGUGAUGCUCCCACCAACAGCUGCCGGUGAAGGUUACAGCCACCCCCCUCCUCUGUCCAGGCUGCUGUCCCCUCAGUCAGGACCGGGACAGAUACCUGUUGGACAGGUGUCCCACUUCCAGACCUCUCCCCUGCUGCACCCUCUCGUGGGCCAACACAUCCUGUCUGUCAGACAGUUCAGCAAAGAGCAGGUAUUAAAAGUGGAUAUCCAAGAGCUGGCAGCAGUAGAAAAUAUGCAGUAUGAACAAGAGAAAGUAGAGAUCGAUCAGUGACGUCGUUCGGUUUUCUUUUUCAGAUGUCUCACCUCUUUAACGUCGCCCACACUCUGCGUCUGUUGGUUCAGAAGGAGCGGAGCCUGGACAUCCUGAAGGUAGGCCUCAUUUUCUGCAGCAAAACAAAAGUUAAACAAUAACAACCAAACAAACAAAGAAAUAAAACAGAGGAUGUAAAACAGUAAAUGAAGGGCUGAGGAAACAAGUAGCUUGAUGAUAAAGAAACACUAGAAGUAGGUGAAAAGUCAAGAUGAGAUAAGUAAAGACGAUUAAAUUGAACAGAGUAAGAUAAUGAAAAAAAUAGAAUAGAUAAAAAACUAACAGUACUGAAUAAUAAGAGCAAAGCCAUGUUUAAAUCUGGUUCCUCGUAUUCUCCAGGGUAAAGUGAUGGCGUCCAUGUUCUACGAGGUCAGCACUCGCACCAGCAGCUCUUUUGCGGCGGCCAUGCAGCGCCUCGGCGGCUCAGUCGUCCACUUCUGCGAGUCCACCUCGUCCGCACAGAAAGGAGAAUCUCUGUCUGACUCCGUCCAGACCAUGAGCUGCUACGCCGACGUCCUGGUGCUGAGACAUCCCACGCCUGGAGCUGUGGAGGUGGGUUUGAGCCGGUAUCAGCUCGUUUGAGAGGAUGAAACAGUUACUAGUGAAACUUUUCUACUUCUAGCUUUUUUUCAGACAAAUGUGACGUUUAGCAAGUCUAGAUUAUAACAAAAAAUGGGAUGUUUUUAAUGUGCCUGAAACGUCUAAGGGCAAGUUGUAAGCUUCGUGGGCUGUCUGGAGGAUUGUAAUGAAAACGUGUUCUCAAAUUUUACUCCAGAAAUGAAGGAUCUUUUGGAUCUGAGGAUGAAAACAAUUAUGAAAAGAUUCCAUUUUGACAUAAUCUGACAUUUAGUUUGACCUAAAACCCACUUUGUCACAUAUGUACAAGCGCUUUAGUGCUCUCUAGUGGUGGCAACACAAGCUUGACUCACUAUUAAUUCCAACAAAUUACAUUUUUAUCCUAGUAUCUGGUGUCUGUAAUUUUUCUAUUUGUCUGUUAAUCUUUACUGAAAGUUUUUUUUCUCUCUGUUUCAUUUAGAGCGCGUCUCGUCAUUGCCGUAAACCGGUGAUCAACGCUGGAGACGGAGUGGGAGAGCAUCCCACCCAGGCUCUGCUCGACGUCUUCACCAUCAGGGAGGAGCUGGGGACAGUCAACGGCAUGACGGUGAGGAAUAACACAGAAAUAAUCUGUAACGACCAUAAAAACCAAAGUUUUUCUGAUCUGUGAGCUUUUCUAAUGAACCAACUUAAAAUCUGUUCCACCACCUUCAGAUAACUAUGGUUGGAGAUCUGAAACACGGCCGCACCGUUCAUUCGCUCGCCAAACUGCUGACUCAGUACCGCAUCACACUGCGCUACGUGGCUCCCAAGAACCUCCACAUGCCGGCAGAGAUCAUCGACUACGUGGCCUCAAAGGGCAUCAAACAGGUGAGGAACAAACUGUCACAAAGUUUAAGACAACAAGGCAGGUUUGGUGUGAUGAGCCAAUUGCAAGGAUCUAUUUUGCAAAACUGCGCUUUUCUAUUACUCAGGGUUAAUAGAAAAAUGCGAUUUGAGCUUAAGCAGACUCAGGACUGAAGAAGAUUGUGUUUUUCUGUGUCUUUGCAGGAGGAGUUUGACAGCAUCGAGGAGGCUCUACCUGAGACAGACGUCCUCUACAUGACGAGGAUCCAGAAGGAGAGAUUCGCCUCUGAGGAGGAGUACACAGCUGUACGUAAAACCAUGACUUAUGUCAUUCAUUUCAUUUCUUCAGAUUGAUUAAUAAAAACGGUCACGGUGCCCCUCUGAAAGAGUUUCUAUGAUGUACGGUACUUCAAUUUUUCCAAUUUAUUUAAAUGGAAAAUUACACAUACAGUCUCUCUAUUACUGCUGACACUGGUGUUAUAUUAUAACAAAAAAUUAUUUGGGUGAACUUGCCCUUUAUCGAAGAUUGAUGUCAUCCAUUCAGCUUUGUCCUUUUUUAGACACUGUAAAACAGAUAAGUGUGAAAGUAUAAAGUAAUGUUUUCUUUUAGUAUUUUGGAGCUCCAUAUUCACUCAAACUUCAGGCUUUUGUUCCUCUUUAAUGAAAAACCAAAAUAAGUAUUUAAUCCAGUACGUACUUAAAUGAAAUAUUCAAUCCAAAACCAAAGUUCACACUAUCAUGGUGAGUUUUAGAGACUUGUAUUUGUGAGCAUUUGACUGAAUCAGCUCUGUGUGUCUGUUCACUUUCUCUCUCAGUGUUUCGGCCAGUUCAUCCUCACUCCUCACAUCAUGACUGUGGCCAAGAAGAAGAUGGUGGUGAUGCAUCCAUUACCCAGGGUCAAUGAAAUCAGGUAAGGUCCUUUAAAUGCUUUGAGACAGAAGUUGACAUAACUGGUUAGGAAGAGUCACCACAAGGCCCUUUAACCUGUUAUUGAACCACAAAAGUCCUCAUUAUAUCCAGAGAGGGGGGAGUUUCCUGAUGUGUAUUCCUCCCUAAAAUGAGCUGGUGGAGACCCUGCACAUGGCAUGGCGUCUCUACUGUGUGCAACACCUUAGCAAGUUGGUUCACUUGCUUUAAACUUAAACACCACACUGAUAGCUGAGUGUAAGAGAACACACAUUGUUCAUUUGUGCCCGGUGGAAAUCAAACAAGAAGUGUGACCAUAGCUGGUCAAAAGCACAAUCUCCAAAACGAGGUUCAUCUAUGUUUGAAAUUUAAUUGAAUACAAUGAUAUCAAAGCAGUGAAAAUAAAUAAAGGAUAUUUGUUUCCCUUUAUCACUUAUUUCCUUUCUUUGUUUUUUUCUCCUUAGUGUUGAGGUGGACACAGACCCCCGGGCUGCAUAUUUCCGCCAGGCAGAGAACGGCAUGUACAUCCGUAUGGCCCUGCUGGCCACCGUACUGGGCAGAUAAAUCUGUCCUCUAUCUUUGUAGCAGAGAUAUACAAACCUAUAGAGUAAUAAGCAUUAAAACACCAGCAUUUUCCCUUUUCCUGUCCUUUAAAAGGGAUGUUAGAAAAACUGAGUCACUGUUAUGAAAUGAUGCUGCUUUUCCUCAUGUUAACAAACCACUCCCUUUUUAUCCAUAUUUCAUAUCGAUAUAUGUGUGUAAUCCCAACUUUUUCUCUACUUCAUGAAGUAUAAUUGACAUGCUCUUCAUACCAGGAUGAUUUAUUUGAUUUGAUGGUUUACAGACAGUCAGUAUUUGAGCAUUAGUGACCAAACUGACAGUGGGCAUUGCUAUGGUACUAUUACAUGAGAUUUCAAUGACUUUUUGCUGCUGUGAUCAAGCUGCUGUCAGUGUAAAAUUAAAGGGACUAUCUCUGACAUUAAAAAGGGAGAAAACAGCGCCAGUAGCUUUGUGUUUGAAUAAUGAUAGUCUCAUCUAUUGUUAAACAUGCUGUUGUCUCCUGUAACAUUCCUUUUCUUAAGUGUGUAGCCUUAAAUGACAUCGUAUACUCAUGUCUCAUAAUAUUCUGAUUGUUUUGGGGGUUUUUGGUGAUUGCUGUUACUGUCAUUGUUUUCUCAGAGGUUUCUGUAUUUUCAGUGUCAUUAAAGUGUUGAUAAUGACUUUGUAUUACAUGGGGAAAUAAAUAAGAAGUAAACACUUUACCUUGGAGUUCA